AUGUCUGCAGAAUCCAUACCCAUCACCCCCUCCAUGUUCGCGGAAGCGAUCCAGGAGUUGUCCCUUUCCAUCCUGUACGCCAAAGUUUCGGAACUUCGAAACUCCAUCGCUCAUCUGCAGCGCUCAAACGCGGAGUUGGAAACGUUUGUGCUAGAGUCAUGCGAUACUACAGAAGAGAAGCGAGAACUGGAGAGCUACAUCACAGAGAAUAAGGGUGUGAUGACGUCUAUGACGGAAAGAAUUGCCCUGCUGAAGGCAGAAGUGGAACGUCGGGGCCAGCAGUGGAUCGAAACGGAGGAAAAGCGAAGUGAGACCUCGGGCAACGGACCGACGGUGGUGAAUGGGGCAAAUGGAGCAAGCGCGACAACGACGCAACCGGAUUCUUCUACAGCGGGUGAUAGACAAAACGAGACACGGCCUGAUCAGGACCAAGAAGGCGUUUACCUUUAA